AUGACCAACGGUUUCGCACCGCUCGACGCAGAGAAUCCUCGGAGGCCGCCGCCGCCGCCGCCACCGCCGCCGCCGCCGCCGCAUGAAGCUCGCACGCUCGUCACGCUGGCGCUUAGGACUCUCCGCGCCGCCGUCGCUGCUGGCGCCGCUGCCGCUGCCGUACUAGCUACCAGGGGCGGCGCCGCAGCUGUCAAGGCCGCAAGGCUCUGCGAUGUUAUCACCGCUCGCAUGAAGUUGAUGACUGAAGCAGCCGAAGCUUGUACGAUCGUCGCAACUGUCGUACACUCCAUGGGCUGUGCAGGUGCUGUGGUUAUACGACGCCAGGCUAGCGCAGGUGCCGGCUGGCCCACGCCACGUCCGCCACACGACAGCUGCCUGCCGGCGGUGGCGGCGGCACCGCCGCUGACAGUCACGUGUCUCGGAAAGACUUCUUCAAGGAUGCGGUGCUGUACGGCGGGUGGUCGCGAACCCGCCGUCGUACCAUCCAUGAAGCAUCAAGAUCCAGAUCCAGGUCCAGGGAAGGCACAGCGUCGCCGCUUCAUGGACAUGGACUUGCCUGACUCAUCUGUGAGGGCAAGAGACGACUGCUCAUUGGAGUUGCCCAAGACCUUCCAGAUCGACCGCGUUCCACCUGGCAACGAGAAUCUCUGCGUACACCACAUUUCAACUCUCCAAGACCCCAGUGCGAUGUUGCGUCGGCGUGAAGCAAGGGCCCCCAUUGUCAACGCUUCUAAUCAACGCAGUCAAGCUCACAUCGUCUUCCGCUGCCGGUUAUGGGCUCGCGGACGGGUAAAGGAGGCACUGCAGCAACGGGGAAGGGGUGGCUCGCUGGACAGCGGCGCCGGCGCCGUCGGCAAGCUAUCAGCAGCUGCCGCCGCGGCGGCGCCGGCAGUAAGACCCCUAGCGGACUUUGCCUUUAUCAGAAGUGCACCGAAAAGUCGCGUCUCCGCCGGCCGCACCGGGAUGUUGGUUAAUACGCCCUCGGCACCGACGGGGCCCAUGGGAAGUUGCUGCGUCGAAGAGCUGCGACGCCUGAACUGGAAAACAAACGUGGUGGAAGCACAGGCGCCUCCCGGUCACACCAGCCGCAUCGACGGUGGCGACGCGGACGGCAGCCGAGAAGGUAUCGAGCCCAGCGACGGUGACAGUGAUGAUGGCAGUGAUGAAGUAGUGAUAAUGGGAGAAGCUCCAGGAAAGGGGUCCUGGCACUUUGGCUCGUUACCUCGCAACGGAGGCAGGGACGCCGGUGCACUGCUGGGUGCAAUUCCUCCGCACCCAGCUGCACCCAGCCGGGCGCCGCCGCUGCUGGCCAGUUGGCUGGCGGCGGCGGCGGCGGCGGCGGCCGCGGCGGCAUAUAGCCGCAACUAUCAACUGCUGUAA